AUGGUGAAUACGCUGGUCCUCAAAGGGUUAAAUGGAUAUUUAAAUGAGAAUAUUGAUCAAAUUUAUCAAUAUUUAAUUAAUUAUAAUAAUGAACAAAAAGAAAAACAAUUUCGAAAUCAACUUCAAACAUGUUUAAUCUGUACAGAUAUUAUUUCAGGAAUAGAUUGUAUUCGUCUUUAUCGUUGUGGACAUUUUUAUUGUCAAUCAUGUUUGAAUAAUUAUGUUAAAAUAACAUUUGAUAAUGGAAGAUUUGGUGAAAAACUUCUUUGUCCACAAAAUCAAUGUCAAAAAGCAUUACUUCCAAAUGAAAUGAAAUUAAUUAUUCAAGAUGAUCAGUUAUAUCAAAGAUAUGAAAGAUUAACAUUACAACAUGCUUUAGAAUUAAUGAAUGAUAUCAUAUGGUGUCCAAGAUGUCAAUCUGCUGUUCUUAUCGGAAGUGGUGAUGAUAACUUAGCGAUAUGUGAUCAAUGUCGUUAUACAUUUUGUAAAAAAUGUAAAGAAAUUUAUCAUUUUCAAGUAAUGUGUCCAAAAGAUUAUUUAAUUGAACAAUUAAAAUUACAACAACAAAAAGCACGUGAAAGAAUUUCAAAGCAACGGGAAGAAGAAAGUGAAAGAAAUCGAAAAGUACAAGAAAAAGAUCAAAAGAGAUUUGCCAAAGAACGAGAAAAAGCUCUUGCAGAAUUACCUAGAAUUGAAAAACAAAAAGCAACUUUAGCUGAAAGAAAUCUUGUUAAACAACAUUAUCGUGAAAUUGCCAUUGACUUAUCUGACGAAGAUAUUUUAUUAGAAAAGAUUUUAAAUGCUGAACGAAUGGAAGUACUUAAUACUCAACCAUGUCCAAAUUGUCAUGCAAGAAUUGAAAAAAAUGGUGGUUGUUCACAUAUGCAUUGUUCAAGAUGCGAUUAUCAUUUUACUUGGUCGUCACCAGAAGGACCACGACCUCCUGAAAUAACUUCAUUGUUAUAUCAUUCUUCUAAUGCUAUGUCAGUACAAUCUAUCAAAGAAGAAUUAAAUAAAAAACCAGAUACAGCUAAAGUAUCUGAACAAAACAUCGAAAAGACUGAUUCAGAUCAAUUGGCAGAGGAUGAAAAUAAGCAAGAUACGAAGAUUUUAAUUAAUAAUCGAUCAUUUGUUGGUUCUGCUAUCGUCAAACGAGUGAAACUAUGUCCGAAUAAUUCAUGUAAUAAAUUCAAUGUUAAAAUAGGUGACGAUAAUUGGAUUGUCUGUAGUGGAUGUUUCAAGUAA